CACGCCUCUCCAAUGUCUCCCCCUCCCGCUCGCCAUUGGUGCAGCCUCUUCUACUCUCUGGAUUGGCCUUCCCCACCUCCGCCAAUGAGCAUCGCUUCCAUUUAGUUGCACAACUUUUUUUUAUUGGCCUUUGCGUCCAUCAUCUUACUCCGUUUCGUCGCCUCUCCUGGUCACGAGUUCUUCAGGGCGGAGAUACAGCGAAGGGGUUUGUAAACCAGACCCACCCAACUGGUCUGUGAGGUUCGACGAGGUCGAGAGGGUGUCGAAUUGUGGUGCGGGGUUGUGGAUUGUAGGAUUACGGGAGUUGGGUGGCUUAGUUUCUUGGGUUUUGGAAGCACUUGUGGUGGAAUUUCAAUAAUUUUGAGGAGUUUCGGGUUUGAGGAGCUUGUGGGGUGGUGAGGCUUUAAGCCCCGAGACCCACUUGGAGAUGGCGGCGUGCGUGGCAGCGUGCGCUGCGCAAGGGAUUGCGGCUGGGACGUGGGAUGGGAGAGGUGGAAGUGUGGCGGUGUUGAGCCGGGCGACAUCGGCUCCCGGCGUGGCUGCAUUUUUGACGAGAGGGGAUGGAAUUGGGAGGUGGAAAGGGGUGAGAAUUGGUGUAAAGCAUGCGGGGAGGAGGUCGGCCGUGGGUGGGAGGCGAUGCAGUGACUUUAGUAGAGCGCAAGUGCAAUUAGAGGAGUUGGCGAGCGAGGUAGAGAGGGACGAGGAAGGCCGGUUGUGGUCGCCCUCUCCUGACGCUUCCAAAGCGUAUGAGGGCACCAAGUACGAAAACGGAGUUCCGCUUGUGGUCGAUAACGGCGUCAACAGGGUGGCCACGAACGGGUCAAUCGAUAGCGCUGCUGUCAGGGUGUCUACCAACGGGGCAGCAGCGAGAGCCAGCAAUGGUGCGGCGUCUGGGAAUGGGAGUGCUGUAACGAACGGCAGUGUUAAUGGCAACGGGUCAAUCAAUGGAGCAGCAAAUGGCAGCAGUCGCUUGCCCACCAAUGGAGCUGCCCGUGCUGCUGUAGACGCGAUUCAAGGUACCAAGGCUGUCUCCAAAGUGGAGUCUAUCAAGGAUGAUGAUCCGUGGUUUAAGAAAGUUCAAGCUUCCAAUGUCCAGGUCUCGGUUACUCCUGGAGGGCGAUGGAACAAGUUCAAAACUUACUCUACAAUUCAACGAUCUUUGGAAAUUUGGGGCUUCGUGUUCACCUUCCUUUUUAAGUGGUGGCUCAAUAAUCAAAAAUUCAUGUAUAAAGGUGGGAUGACCGAGUUGAAGAAACAGGAGAAACGCAAGGUUCUCGCUAAAUGGUUAAAAGAGGGUCUACUGCGCCUUGGCCCCACCUUCAUCAAAAUCGGUCAACAGUUUUCGACACGAGUGGAUAUUCUUGCCAAGGAGUACGUUGACGAACUAGCUGAACUGCAGGAUCAAGUUCCUCCGUUCAGUUCGGAGACUGCAGUGCAGAUUGUGGAGGAGGAGCUGGGCCGGCCAGUGGAUGUGAUUUUUGAUCGGUUCGAUCGGGAUCCAAUUGCUGCAGCUAGUCUUGGUCAAGUUCACAGGGCGAAACUUCGUGGUAAGGAAAUCGUUGUUAAAGUGCAACGCCCAGGCUUGAAAGCACUUUUUGAUAUUGACCUCAAGAACUUGCGGGUUAUAGCUCAAAAUCUGCAAAAAAUUGAUCCCAAGUCUGAUGGAGCGAAGAGAGAUUGGGUUGCAAUAUACGAUGAAUGUGCAAAUGUGCUAUAUGAGGAAAUCGAUUACACCAAAGAGGCUACGAAUGCGGAAAGGUUUGCAGAAAAUUUUAAGGAUAUGCCUUACGUCAAGGCUCCUGCGAUUUAUCGGGAAUUUAGCACUCCUCAGGUUUUGGUCAUGGAGUACGUACCUGGAAUUAAAAUCAACCGAAUAGCUGCUUUAGAUGAGCUUGGCGUAGAUCGGAAGAGACUGGCUAGGUACGCUGUGGAGUCCUAUUUGGAACAGAUCUUGCGUCAUGGCUUUUUUCACGCAGAUCCUCACCCAGGAAAUAUUGCAGUUGAUGACGCCAACGGUGGGCGAUUGAUCUUUUACGAUUUCGGGAUGAUGGGCAGCAUUAGUCCGAACAUUCGAGAAGGGCUUCUAGAGGUGUUCUAUGGAGUGUACGAAAAGGAUCCUGACAAGGUUCUGGCGGCCAUGGUGCAGAUGGGAGUGUUAGUGCCAUCAAGCGACCUGACAGCUGUUCGGCGCACGGCACAGUUUUUCUUGAACAGCUUUGAGGAGAGAUUGGCAGCACAACGGGCGGAAAAAGAACGGAUGGAAGCUGAAUCGAAGAAAUUGGGUUUCAAGAAACAAUUGACGAAGGAGGAGAAGGCAGAAAAGAAGAAAUUGCGGUUGGCAGCAAUUGGUGAGGAUCUGUUAUCUAUUGGAGCAGAUCAACCUUUUCGGUUUCCGGCUACCUUCACUUUUGUAGUGCGGGCCUUUUCAGUAUUGGAUGGAAUUGGGAAAGGAUUAGACCCUCGAUUUGAUAUUUCAGAAAUCGCCAAACCAUAUGCAUUGGAACUUCUUAGGUUCCGAGAGGCUGGGGUGGAAGUUGUAGUUAAGGAUUUAAGAAAACGAUGGGACAGGCAAUCACAAGCAUUCGUCAAUGUUUUUAGACAAGCUGAUCGGGUUGAGAAGAUAUCCAACAUGAUACAACGCCUCGAGCAAGGUGAUUUGAAACUGAGAGUGCGUGUUUUGGAGUCUGAAAGAGCAUUCAAACGUGUUGCUACGAUGCAGCAGACAAUUGGCCAGGCUAUUCUUGCAGCUACUUGUCUACAAAUCGCCACUAUGUUGCACCUAAGCGCAAUCACGGUGCCAGCAACUGCAGCCUUCACAGGUAGUGCCCUGUUUGGUCUUCAGGCAUUUAUUGGAAUCAUGAAGGUGAAGAAGCUGGAUAAGCAAGAAAAGCUCAUUACAGGAACAGCGUAAAUAAGUCACAAUUUUUCUCUUUUAUCCUACCUUUAGUAGCAGUCGCCCCUGAUUUUUGGCCCGAGUCUGUGUUAUUAAGAUCACGAUGAGCUCCUACAAGCCUGGAUGAGGCUCCUGCACAGAAUUCAAUGCCUGUAAGUGGUCCUUUGAGUUCCUCCUAGUGGGUGCUCCUUGAAGAUGUGUGUCACCAUACAAGACCUUAAUCAGAGUAUUGUCCGUAGAUCCCACCGACAGGAUUCUUACCUGGAUGCAUCCUUGAUUUGAUUAGAUAUAAUAUUGAACAGGUGCCUCUUUAACCCAUCAUUGUGUCGUCUUCAAAUGCCUAUCUUUUAGCAAGGCUGGAGAAACUGGUUACCUUGAGUGGUAACAGCCACUAUGACAGUAUCCCUCUUAUUAUUUGAAUGUUGAUAACUCAAUAUUUGCUGCUCAAUUAUGUACUUAAAGGACUUUAAUGUUAUCAGAUUGUUCUUACACUGGAUUCCCA